GUCGUGGCCUAUUCGCCUGCUGCUGCUUAAACUUUUCUAGCUGCAGAGUAUUGGUGAGCUGUAGAAGCGAGGAAGCAGGAGUGUAGUUAUUGGGGUGAAAUUGUUUAAUCUUUAAUUUCAUAAUGCCUGGUCCUGCGGCAUCUGCCACUAAUGUCGGUGCUUCUGGCCGUUCUCCCAGCAAGGCCGUUGCUCCACGUGCAGCUGGCUCCACUGUUCGGCAAAGGAAAGCAACCAGCAGUGGGACGAGAAGUGCAGGCAGAGGUGCAUCAUCUGGAACAGGAGGAAUGUGGAGAUUCUAUACCGAGGACUCUCCUGGACUUAAAGUUGGUCCUGUUCCAGUGCUUGUCAUGAGUCUCCUGUUCAUUGCUUCAGUGUUCAUGUUGCACAUCUGGGGAAAGUACACUCGCUCCUAGGACGGAGAGCCUGGCUUCCAUCAUGUUACAUCUUCUCUCUCAAUUGUUUAAUAUUUUGAACUGGACCAAAUACUUUCCAUUUCCAUUUUACCAACUUUCUGGUUUUAUUGCUUCAAGAAUGAUUUGGAUGAAGAGAACUUUGCUGAUUUUUUUUUUAUUAUUAUUAUAUAUAAUUUGAAGAAUUUGGUUAAAGAUGGUGAUUUUUUUUUUUUUUCUUUCCCCCCCCCCGCCCCCAUACACACUCUUGGAUUUAUGAAUACUUUUUUUUUUCCCUUCAGUUGUCAACCCAAAAAGACUUUACUUUUUGGAUACCAGACUUUUUGUGCAGCUUUUGUUAAAAUCCCUAUUGUGCUGCAAUAAAUGCUCUCAAGUUGCAGCUGAAUGUCUGUGUUGACAGUUAAGUGGUCCUGAAAAAAUUUUCAUUGUAUCUGCUAGUAACAUUAACAUAAGUGCACAUGCUUUUUAUUAAAGAAAAAAAAAAAGUAACUUCUUAAGGAUUCACUUUGUAACUAUUCCAGUCAUUCAGUUUGCAGAAAAAAUAUUGUUCAUAGACUUGAAGAGUGAAUGAAGCCAACAAAAUGGCUUUUACUUUAAACUAUCCUGUUAAAUUUUUAGUUGUUACCUUAUGCAUUAAAGUUGUGUGCUUUUGUAAUUAUGGUAACAUAGUUAUAUAAAGGAUAGAUAUUACUUGCAAAAUCAAAAAUUGACUGACAGAAGUGUCUUAAAGUGUGUCUUUGCCAUCACUGGCAGCUUGUGCUAUGGCCUGUUGGUCAUAAUUAAACAUACAGGAAUAACUUUG